AUGACAAGAAGGAGCAUUUGGCUCGCUAUCUUGGCGCUAUGCUUGGCCCAAGCUUUCGCUGCGCAGUGCUCGAAUGACAGCUGUCUUAGCGCCAUCCGAACUGCGCCAACUGGCAGAAAUGCCACGGCAGACUGUCUGUCCUUCCUUGCGCAAGCUACCCCCACGGGAAUACCCAGCAGGACGACGACCACGACCACGGUGACCAGCACAAAGAGUGUCGCGACUCUUACACCACAUCGCUCUGCGACCGUUACCAGACAAACAGGGCGAACGAGUCCGAUCACUUCCGAGACCGAGCAUAAUGGAAACCAUAAGCGGACCGAAGUCAAAUACAAUGUUUUCAACGGAAAGGGCUUGGGCUACUUACCCGUACAGGCUCUCCAGGAGCGGCGGAAAAACUGGAAGCAGCGGUUCUCUACGUCCUACGACUUUGUUCACGAGCCGAGUGACUUCUUCCAAAGGAUCAAGCAGUGGUUCGGAGUUGAGCAGCGUCUUCAGGACAGCAACAUUCUCGAUCACCAAACCCUCAACCAUCAAACCAACCGUACAUGUGGUGACCAUUGCAACGCUGACGACGACGAAGGAAUCAUUAUGGGUGAAUACGACGUCGACGCGCAGUUAUCCAGCUGGAAAAACUACAGUUAUUCACUACACAAACUCUACGGCAGCUCUAGCAACAGCAUCUGCGAACAUCACAACUUCAUCCUCUUGGCUCAAUGCCACUACGAGUGCCAAAUAUCCGAUUUCCAUCAACAGCACAGCGUCAUGCUCAUUACUGCCAGGUACUGGCACUGGAGUGGUCAAGACAACCGCGAGCGUCAAAUUCACAAUUCCCAAGAAUAGUACGGCCUCAUGGUACAAUGGGACAUCAACGAGCUUUCGACCACUGGGGACCGGGACCGGGGUCGUACUUACAACCGGCCCAGUCGCAUCCCCAACAACAACCGCCGCCCGCUUCCCCUUCCCCCUCAACACCACAACCUUCUGGUCCAACGGAACCGCAACAACAGCUCCAACAGUCCGAGGCACCGGUACGGGUACGGGUACGGGAAUAUUGGUUACUGACACAGGCUAUUACAACACCUCUACUCCCCUUCCCACCACCUCCACCUCCACCUCUACAACAUCAGCCAAACCAACAGCCACCACCCAAGACUUAACCUGCGGCGAAACCUCCACCCCGUUCUCGCUUCGCGUCUCCCAACCCGGCGGUACCUUUGACAAUUGGUUCGUUCACGUCGUUGGUAAUGGUCUGCUCUUUACCAGCAGUCAAUCCCUCGCCAGCUCGUUUAGUGUAGAGGGGACUGGACAUUUGUGUGCUGUUGGGUAUAACGAUGGGAGUAGUGGGAGGCCGAGGAUUGCGGCGGUGGGUGUUGCUGGUGCUGGUGCCGGGGAUGAUGGGAGUGGUGACGGGACUGGUGAAGGGAGUGGCGAGGGAGGAGGGUAUGAGGGGCCGGUGUGGAUGUUGAGGCAGGGGACGUUGAAGGCUUAUUGGGAGGAGGAUUAUACAGCUUUGGAGUGUACGAGGGAUGGGGGGUUGAGUUGUAAGCCUGCUAAUUCUACGAGUGGUGCGGUUGGGAGGUGGGUUGGAUGUGGAGUGCAGUUGAGUUUGGGGAGUGAAGGGGUGGGUGCUGGGGGGGUGAACUGUACUUCUGUUUCUUUGGAGGUUGUCG